GGCGAGCGGGCAGCGGCGGGGCAGCGACCAGGCGGCUCUCCAAAGCGCUGCGCCCGCGCCCCAUGUCCUCCGUGUCCUUGCGCUCAUCCCCGCUGCGGAGCCCCAAAAUGAAGAAGGAGGAGACUUUCCUGGGCAAGCUGGGCGGCACGCUGGCGAGGAAGAAGAAGGCCAGGGAGGUGAGCGACCUGCAGGAGGAAGGCAAGAAUGCCAUCAACUCGCCCAUGUCGCCGGCCCUGGCGGACCUGCACCCCGAGGACACCCUGCUAGAGGAGAAUGAGGAGCGCACGAUGAUCGAUCCCACCUCCAAGGAUGACCCCAAGUUCAAGGAGCUGGUCAAGGUUCUCAUCGACUGGAUCAACGAGGUGCUGGUGGAGGACAGGAUCAUCGUGAAGCAGCUGGAGGAGGACCUGUUCGACGGGCAGGUGCUGCAGAAGCUCCUGGAGACGCUGGCGGGCUGCAAGCUGAACGUGGCCGAGGUGACGCAGUCGGAGAUCGGGCAGAAGCAGAAGCUGCAGACGGUGCUGGAGGCCGUGCAGGAGCUGCUGCGGCCCCACGGCUGGGCGCUGCCCUGGACGGUGGACGCCAUUCACGGGAAGAACCUGGUCGCCAUCCUGCACCUGCUCGUGUCGCUGGCCACGCACUUCCGGGCGCCGAUCCGCCUCCCCGAGCACGUCUCCGUGCAGGUGGUGGUUGUGCGGAAGCGGGAAGGCCUGCUGCACUCCAGCCACGUCACGGAGGAGCUGACCACGACCACCGAGCAGAUGAUGGGCCGGUUUGAGCGCGACGCCUUCGACACGCUGUUCGACCACGCCCCGGACAAGCUGAGCCUGGUGAAGAAGUCUCUCAUCACGUUCGUGAACAAGCACCUUAACAAGCUGAAUCUGGAGGUGACGGAGCUGGAGACCCAGUUUGCAGACGGCGUGUACCUGGUUCUGCUCAUGGGCCUGCUGGAGGACUACUUCGUGCCCCUGCACAACUUCUACCUGACCCCGGACGGCUUCGACCAGAAGGUCCACAACGUGUCCUUCGCCUUUGAGCUGAUGCUGGACGGGGGCCUCCAGAAACCCAAGGCCCGGCCGGAAGACGUGGUGAGCCUGGACCUCAAGUCCACCCUGCGGGUCCUUUACAACCUGUUCAACAAGUACAAGAACGCCGAGUGACUCGCGGCGGCGGCCCUGUGCUCCCCGCCAGCCCACGCCCCUCCCUGCUCCCCCACCCCCACCUUCUGGGGCUGUUGCCCCGACCUCCUGCCCGUGUCUGGGAGCUGCUGGGCUCUGAGGCCUCGCUUCUCGGGGCUCCCGGCUGCGUCAGCGGCCGUCGGCCUGGACCAGACGAUGAAAAGGAAAACCGCCGGACCCAGGCCCCUCAGCCCCGGGCGGGGCGCCCGCGUUCCACCUGACGGCACCAUCAGGGGUCACAGGCGUCGCCCGAGAGGCCCGGCAGCUCGGCCAUCCCGGCGGGACCUCCCGGGAGCGCGCUCCCCGGAACGAGGCCUUCUCAGUAAAAAGCGUUUUGCAGUUUUAAGAA